UGUCAUUAAGCAAGCCCGCCCGCGAAGAAAGGAAGAAGCGCUUGCGGUAUCCCUCGGAGAACAACUCGAUCGCUUCGUCGUCGCUUGGUGGGUUCCGGAGAGAAUGUGGGCGCGGCCGGGGUACUGGAAGGGUAGGGACGUGGAGGCGGCGGGGGCGCCGCCGCUGUAUCCCAUGAUGCUGGAGCCGCCGCAGCUGCGGUGGGCCUUCAUCCGCAAGAUCUACACCAUACUGGCCGUACAGAUGCUGCUCACCGUCGCCGUGGCCGCCGUCGUCGUCUCCGUUCCCCCCGUCUCCCGAUUCUUCGUCUCCUCCGGCGCCGGCCUCGGCCUAUACAUAUUCCUCAUCAUCCUUCCCUUCAUCGUGUUGUGUCCCCUGUACUACUAUUACCAGAAGCACCCCUUAAACUUCCUUCUCCUCGGCGUCUUCACGGUAUCCAUCAGCUUCGCAGUUGGAUUGACGUGUGCCUUCACCAGCGGGAAGGUGAUUCUCGAAUCAGUAAUCCUCACGGCAGUCGUGGUGGUGAGCCUCACGCUCUACACCUUCUGGGCUGCUUCCAAAGGCCAUGACUUCAGCUUCCUCGGGCCUUUCCUCUUCUCUGCCGUCAUGAUACUGAUGGUGUUUGCUCUCAUCCAGGUGUUUUUUCCCAUGGGAAGGAUCUCUGCUAUGAUUUAUGGAGCGCUAGCUGCGGUCAUAUUCUGCGGAUACAUAAUCUACGAUACCGAUAACCUGAUCAAACGCUACUCCUACGAUGAAUACAUCUGGGCUGCCGUAGCACUGUAUCUCGAUAUCACCAACCUUUUCCUCUCUUUGCUCACCCUAUUUAGAGCAUCCGAGGGAUGAGAUGGAGGAGUUUGUGGGUCUUGCAAGGGUGUUUGCACCAAAUCUCUCUAUCUGUCUUGUCUGAGAUAAAUUUUAUGAUUGUUACAUUAAUCCGUUCAUAAUUCUAUUUUUUUUAG